AUGGAUAUAAUUUUAAAAUCUGUUAAUGUUAAUGAGCAUAAUCUGCUGGACCUUGGCACAUUUAUGCAGUACAUAAAAGAUAAUGAGAUAAACAUGAAAUUGACUUUUAAGAGUUUGGACACAAAUAAUGAUGGAGUGAUUAAUCCUUCAGAAAUUAUCAAUAGUCUCAACUUAAUAGGUAUACAUAUUUCUGAAAAAAAGGCAUUGAAGAUUCUUGAAAGCAUAGAUGCUGAUGGGUCACUGACAGUGGAUUGGGAUGAAUGGAGGAAGUAUUUUUUAUUUAAACCUGCAAGACUUAUGGAGGAAAUCGCCCAUUACUGGAGCCAUUUUACCGGAAUUGACAUGGGAGAUAGAUGGACUUUUCAUAAUUUAAUUGAUGAAAAGAGAAAAUCUGGCCGUCUAUGGAAAUAUCUGUUGGCUGGAGGCAUAGCGGGUAGUUGUGCUCGAACAUGUAGUGUAUUAGAGCGUCUGAAAACCCUCAUGCAGCGAGUUGAGUUUACAGACAAAGAAUGUGAAGAUAAUGAGCCAUUUAAUAGAGAUGAUGAAAGAGGGUGGAGAGGAAAUGGUACGAAUGUUCUCAAGCUUGCUCCUGAAAUAGCUGUUAAGAUCUGGUCUUACCAUCAGUAUAAGGAGUAUCUUUCUUCUGAAGGAGCCAAAUUAGGAACACUUGAGAAAUUUGCUUCUGCUUCUUUGGCUGGUGCCACUUCUCAGUCUUUUAUUUACCGCUUAGAGGUUUUAAAAACUAAUUUGGCUGUAAGUAAAACUGGACAGUACUCUGAGCUAUUGGACUGUGCCAGGAAGAUCUGGAAGCUUGAAAAGAUUACAGGCUUUUACAAAGGCUACAUUCCUAGUCUUCUGACUGUUAUACUGUAUGCCGGUAUAGAUAUCACUCUCUAUGAG